UGAUAUCUCCAGCAUUUAUUCAUGCCCAAGAACCAUCGUUGUCGCCCAUUAAUGAACAAGCUUCCAUCCUUUUCCAUCUUCAUCAUAUUUUGUUUUUCCCCUACACCCCUCUUCUCAUAAAUUUUCAAGAUUUCCCAGUGAAUUUUAUCCCCAAUUUUUACGGUUAGCAUUUCUAGCUUCUUGUUCGUUAAUCGUCGAGAUCCGACCGAUGAUUAGGGUUCGCUUUCUUUCUUUUUAUGAUUCGGGGAUCUCAACAGUCGGAACUUGAGGUGGGUGUUGUUAUUUUAGUUAAAUUUCGUCAAUUUUGGUUAAUUUAUGUCAAGAAAUCUUCUGGGUGUUCGUCGAUUGUUUCAGACGAUAAUGAAUUUUGGUGUGUUAGGGUUUACUGUAUCAGAGAAAAAAGGGGGGUUUGGAUUUAUCUUGUACAUUUGGCUCAAUUUAGGUCUAAUUAUUUGAUUCAAAUGGUUCUAUUUAUCAUUGAUUAAAUUCAGAGUUUUUUUAGCUAAAAAACACUCGAAAAUAUGGGAUCAUCAGGGUUUUGUACAAUCUGUAUGCUUCAUUCCCUAGUGGCUUUAACUUCUGGCACGUUUAUGAUGUUCUAUAGCCCUCAAGUGUUUGCAUUCAGCCAUGGAAGUGAAACAGCCAGCAAACUAUUGGGAUCAACCCCUCGUGAUCAGUUAUUGAUUCAGACAUCUGAUUCGUUCUCUGGGUUGCUUUUAUUUGCUGUUGGGUUCCUUUUGUUCAUGGUGGCAUUUGUGAAAGAUAGGGAUUUUCAGAGCUUUUUUGCCAAAGGGUGUGUUGUUCUUCAUAUUGCAAUGGGAAUUUGGAGGAUAUAUUUUGAGAGAAAACUUGAAGAUCUUGGCCGUGAUUGGCUGAGAUUGGUGGUGGGGGAUUUUGUCUUGGCAAUUUCAUGGGUUCUUUUUCUUGUGUACAGUUGGAGAGAAAAGUAUGAUUAGGGCACACCACAACUGAUUUCAAGAUUUCUUGAAUGGAUGGAUGAACACUACAGUUUGGUUUUGUUUGGUGAGAUUGAUGGCUUUGUUGGGAUCCUAUUGUUGUCUUUGAUGUAAAAUUUCUAUUUUCCUGGAAAUAAAUGUGAAGUUUGUUGAUGUUUA